CCCACCCUCUUGUCAUUGUAUGCAAUCCAAAGUUUUUGUCUUUUCACUUCUUGUCUUUCUUUAUAAUUCUACCGUAAUCACCGCCAUUUUCAGCGGGAAAGUUCUGCUUAAUUCCCAUGUUCCAAUCUUUUUUUAACCCUUCACUUUAUUAACGAUGUGGAGUUGUGUCAUCACGUUGGAGAGUAGCUUCAGGUGAGAGUGAGCUUUAUAAUCUGAUGGAAAGUGGUGAAGUUCUUUGAUCAUAAGAUAUAACUAGAACUGCGAAAUUUGAAGCUACUCGACGUACUAGCCUUAUAACGGAGUUAUCCGAUAGUGUUUUCAAACUUAGGGGAGGAUUUCGAUCAAGUUGUUUCCGAGUUUGUUGUUUUGCUAUUGUAUUACCUGAUUCUGAUGGCUCAGCCUAAUUCUAAGCCACCCAUCAGCCAUAAUUUUGGUGGGGGAGCUUCUCAUACAAGGUCUUUAUCUCAACCGAGUAUUUUCUCAAACAAUGGCCUUCCCCCAUUGAGCCCGUUUCCUCAUAGUGAGUCAUCUAUGGCCUCAGCCAACUCUAGUUUGAAGGACACAUCGAUGGAGGAAGUUGAUGUUAGUUCCCGAGGACCACCAUUUGUCUCCUCUUCAACAAGGGAAAACACAUUUCGAUAUAGUGAUAGUCUUCCUCCUAAGAAAGGGCAUCGUCGCUCUAAUAGUGAUGUUCCGUUGGGAUUCUCAGCUAUGAUUCAGUCUUCACUGCAGUUGAUGCCCAUAAGUGGCCAGGGAGUUCUGGGUGGAGCAACGCUGCUUGGAGAUCCCUUGCGAAGGAAAUCAGGGGGAGAGGUAGUGGACAAGUUGUCUUCGUACAUGAAUCUGGAAAACAUGGAGGCAUUGAACUCUUCUAUUACCGAGGAUAAAGUCAAGGAUAGCAUUGCCAGUCGCACAAAGUUAAGCAGUGGCGACAGCAGCAAUAACGAAGCAGAAAGUGUCUCGAAAGGAACUAGUAUCAAGAGGAGUGCUGAUGUAGAUAUUACUCCCACCACCCGACAUUUUAGGAGUCUUUCAAUGGAUAGUGCUAUUGGAAGUUUUCAAUAUGGUGAAGAGUCACCAAAAUUAACAACUUCCCUGGUAAACUGUCCGGGGCAGCUUUCAUCAAGUAAGUCUGGAAAUGAAAACUCAGACAAGAUCAAUUUCGACUUAGGAAACAGUGAAUUUAGUGAAGCUGAGAUGAGAAAGAUUAUGGCUGAUGAAAGACUGGCAGAGAUUGUAGUUUCAGAUUCUAAACGUGCCAAAAGGAUAUUGGCCAAUCGUCAGUCAGCAGCUCGAUCCAAGGAACGUAAAUUGCGCUAUAUUUCAGAGUUGGAAUAUAACGUUCAGACUCUUCAAACAGAAGCAACCACUUUGUCCACACAAGUGACCAGCCUACAGAAAGAUUUUAAUGAGCUUACAAGCUUGAACAAUGAGCUGAGAUUUCGCCUUCAAGCCAUGGAACAACAAGCACAGCUCAGAGAUGCUCUGCACGAGGCAUUAACUGCAGAAGUCAAGCGUUUAAAGCUUACAAUGGGGGAACUCAAGGAAGGACGGUUGCCUAAUAGCAUUGCGCGACAGAUGCCCAUGAAACCUAAUAUGUUCCAGAAGCAGCGUCAGCAGUCUAGUGAAAUCCAACAAUUUUCUGUUGCGAAACCAAACACUGCAACAAAGGCUUCAGCUACACCUGCAUCAGCCUAGUUGGUCAAAACAAAGCACCGGGGUGGUGAGACAGUGCUAAAAUGUGAGCUCUUGGAUUACUUAUAUAAGUAUUGGUCUCAAACGGUAAACAGUGCUAAAAUGUGAGCUCUUGGAUUUGUAUUUACACAGCUUUGUAUCCUUUUGGAUAGUAUUUAUUCAUUCACGUAAUAGACAUUGCACUGAUUAUAAUGAAAAAUAGAGUCGGACUUCAAGCCAA